GGGGUAGAGAGAGCCGUUACCCUGAGUAACGAUUAGAUAUACCCCGAAUCCUCAAUUUGAAGUUGUGAAACGGGGUCGCCGUAGGGGGCACAGAUAUUCAGGUAUUGCAACGAAAACAGAAUCGACGCAGACGCGAGAGCGAGCCAUAGUUGCUCGUCAGAAUGAGUGCGUUGUGUUGAGAUACCCGUCCCCUAGUGUUUACAAUUUUCUUUGGCAAAACUAAUCGGUGUUAUGAUUGCACAUUGUUGGAAAAUAUUUGUGAAAAUAGCACAGUGAUCAUUCGAUUUCCAAAUUGUUUUAUUCGAAAUUAUUCGUGAUACAGAUAUAUGAGAAGCACAGUGUAGGUAAAUACACUCAGUUGUAUUUCCCUGUGUUACUUCAAACUUGUGUCUUGUUACGAAAAUGGCGAAUCUUACAAAUCGCCGAUAUUCUUAUGGAAAUUUUGUAUAUAUCUAUAUGGAUAACAAAAAGUAAAACUAUUCUACGAUUCUAAUGUGGAAGAACUUUAUCGGAGCCAAGUAAGGAAAAAAUUUCGGAUAGUCAAAGAUGGAUGCAACAAUUGAGAGAGAGUGCAGUGCUUUGGGUGGCCUCUUUCAACAGAUUAUAACUGACAUGAAGAAUGGAGCACCAUUAUGGGAAGAUUUAAUUUCAAAAGCAACCAAAUUACAUUCUUGCCUAAGGGCUGCUAUUUUAGCUAUUUCUGCAUAUCUUGAAACCUUUCAAAAAAUUGCUGAUGCUGCAACUAGUGCAAGAGGUGCAACAAAAGAAAUUGGAACUGCUUUAACCCGGAUAUGUCUUAGACAUAAAGCAGUAGAAACACGAAUGAAAUCAUUUACUAGUGCUAUUAUGGAUUGCUUGGUGUUGCCUCUUCAAGAAAAAUUAGAAGAUUGGAAAAAAUCUUUAAUAAAUUUAGAUAAAGAACAUGCUAAAGAAUAUAAAAAAGCAAAAGCAGAAUUAAGAAAGCGAUCUACUGAUACAUUACGUUUGCAAAAGAAAAAAGCACGAAAAGGUCAUCAUUUACAAGGACAGACACAAGGGCAUGGAACAUUAUCAGGUGAUAUUGAAUUGAAUCGAAUGCUAGAAUCUUCAGCUGCUGUUGUUCAAGAAAAACGGUUAAGUUUAGAAGAAACGGAAAGAAAAGCCGUUCGCGCGGCUUUACUCGAAGAAAGGGGCAGAUAUUGUCUUCUUGCCAGAUUUUUGAAACCAGUACUUGAUGAAGAAAUUGCAAUGCUAAUGGAACUGACACACUUGCAAGAGGUUUCUGAUCAAUUACAACGACAUGCAGCCUCUCCACAUCAUUUACCUCCUGCAUCAGAGCAAGUGAUAACAGAUAUAAAAGGUUGCGAUGUAACACAGUGGUCACUUGCUACGCCACCUUCAAGUCCUUCUCUGUCACUUGGGUCAAGAAAAAGUUCAAUGUGUUCAAUUAGUUCUUUGACUAGUAGCAGCAGUGGCUCUUGUAAAAGUCAUCCAAGUCCAUCUGGACACCCUUGGCACAGAUCACUUUCUCAGUCUGUCGGUGUCAGGCCCUCCAGCAUCAACGGUAUGAUGACACUACGCCAUUUGGUAAAUGGUAGUUCCCGUGACUCUGGCUUCACUUCUCAGGACACGUUAUACACACAACCAAUCUCUGAACAUCAGGAAACAUCAGUUCAGUAUGAUAGGCAAAAUCAAAACACAAUCAACGAACGGCCGCACACGAUUUCUUCUGCUUAUGAAAAAGGCCAUCAAAGACCAGCACUCAGUGUCUACACAUUCCAAGCUCCAGAUAAUAGUAGCUGUUGUCAUAGUCAACCCGCUUCUCCAGUUUCUUCUUCCUCUUCAUGUUCUUCCUCUAAUCAACAAGCAUCUAGAGUACAAUUGCGUAGAAAUAAUGGUAGUCAUCGCCCUCCUAUACCAAACAGAUGUUCCAGUUUAGAGCGACCAACAGUUCCAGUAAAAAAUGAACCUCCUGGAAGUCCUAGAGGGAAACCUAAGUUACCACUUCCAGCACACUUAGCAAAAGAAUUAGCAACUCAUCAACUUCAACAACCAAUGUAUGUGAACAUGCACGAAUUAGCAAAUUUAGCUGCAAGUCGCGCUCAAGAGAUGCAGUUACCUUUACCACCACCUCCUGCUUCAUUAUCAGCACCAGGAACUGAAAAGACUGAAAUUACGGAAAAAGAUGGUGGAAGUCAAACAUCAGAAUCUAGUAUUGAAUCUAGCAGUGGAUAUGGAAGUCAAACUACUAUACCGCAUUCUCAUUCACUUCAUAAUCCAACUGAAAAUGCAUGGAAUGUACCUGGUGCUGUAUCUACUUUAACGGUCCGUAGAGGAUCGAUGCAGCAAGUGAAUAAACCUCCACCACCAACAAGACGAACGUCUACUAUUAUAACUGCUACAUUCAAUAAUCCUUCAGCAGGUUCUAACGAUGAACGCACUGAUAAUACUUGCGACGAAACUGAAAAUCUUCCUCCCCCGCCAGCGUUUUUGUUAGAAGGUUCUUCACCUACGGCUAGUCCUACUCCUCAACGAUCUAUCUCAGUGUCGGAAACAGUAAGGACUCUUACAGAGUUACGUCAUACACCUGCUAGUCCAUCUCUUUUACGGAAAGCUACAGGACAAGCACAGUCGCAUAACAAUGCGUCUGCUACAUUACCACAUAAUGCUGUGUUGCAAGUAACUCGAUCAUCUGUUGAACGUUCAUGUGCAGCCAUUCGUUCAGCUUCUCAAGAACGUAAUUCAAAUACUACACAAAUAACUACUGUCAAUACAGGUGUAAAUAUUCAAGGGCAAGGUCCGGGAGGGGUUGGCCAAAGUUUUAUGGCGGUUCUCAGUGCUAAGCUCAUUAACAGUACAGGUAAUAAUGCCACAAGUGGUAACAAUACGAAUAGUAGUCCCAAAUCUACCAGAAAGCACUCCAUUGAACAGCAGAUAAGCAAAAAUUCUAAAACACCAUCUGGUUUUCUCGAGACUUUGAAUGCUAAAUUAGCGCAACAACAGCAAAACUUGCAAGGAAAUAAUACAACGAGUAGAUCCGCAAGCGUAAGACGCAUAAUGGGUAAUCGUGUACCCAUUAUGGAUCCUUUACAAGUCAGGGAUUCUCUCAUGGAUCAAAUACGAAAAGGUACCUCUUUAAGGAAAACCAGUGGUCCCAUUAACGAUCGUUCAGCACCUAAAAUUUAUUGAGUAUUAUAAUACGGAUGUUCGUACAAGUUCCUUUGUUAUUUCUGAUGCAUCUGAUAUUUGCGACCGUUGCAACAAUCGCAACACGCAUUAUCAAGUUUGAACAAUAACGUGUUUACAUCGCCAAAUAAAAUUGCGCUUAUUGCGCGUAUAUAUGUACCUUUACGAACGUACAUUUGGUAAUUGAUAAUCAGUUAGACUGACUUCUUUGCAUUUCGGUGCACUGACGUAAAAUUCAAAGAGUAAAGCCAAUUUUUUACCUGAAUUCGUUAAUAUCGUGUUUAGUUUGAUUAAAAUUAUGUAAAGAAGGCAAGCUCUAUAUUAAAUCCAUCUUUAAUUUAUAUUUCACAAUGCGUGUCAUAAUAUAUAUAAUAUAUACAUAUAUAUUAAUUCAGUGCAAAGAUAAAACGACAUGUCUUGUUUAAUUAAAGAGCCCAAUUUUAUUAUAUCGUACGCGUACUUUAUAAUUUAAAAUAAUAAGAUUUAAAUAAUAUAUUUAUAAACUAAAGUAGUAUAUUUACAUAUUAUUGCAACUUUAAGUUUUAACUUAAGUUGAUGUUUGAUACUAAUGCCUGAUGCUUGCCAGUACUAUGGAAAACCUGACUGACUGAAUCAUAUUUUAGUAGCAAUUUAAUACUUUAUAUUUUAAUUUAAAGAAGAAAUACAAAAUCUGCAUAUAUAAUUUAAUAUAGAGCUCGUGUCUUAAUGUAUUAUUAUUUUACAUGUAGUGAUUAAUUUUACCUGUAUUGUCUGUCUUUCAUUUUCCUGUAUGAAGCGCACAAACACAAUUGUCAUUUUUAUUUCAGACUAUUUUUAUUUUCUACUCAGUAUCGUGUUCCAUGCGAGCACAGGUUCUAAUAGUAGCAUUUGUCAACCAAUAUAAUACUGUUUGGUAUGACAAAAUUGAACGUAAAUGUAUGUGAGUAUUACUGCCCAGGUAGAACUUAAUUUUAGAAUUAGUUUUUAUAUUGGCCCGAUUCCAUCGAGAUUUAUAUCUUUAAUAUUUAUUCAAUAUCGAUAUACAAUAAUAUUGUAUUUUCCAGACUACAGUAUUACUGCAUUAUUUUUUUUGUUUGAACAAUUCGUAAGUUAAUUUUACCACAUCUUGAAAGUUUUUGUAUUAACUUAGUGUAGAUUUCUUUAGAUUAUACCAAUUGUCUUUUACACAUACCGCCUUCUUGCUAGAGAAGUGACACUUUUAAAAAAUCCUUAAUUUCGAUAUGUUUGUAAAAAUUCCCAACUUUUUUUUAAUAAUAAACGAUAUAUAUGAAUAAUAUUUUAUAAAAAAUUUUAGAAAUCUAAAGAUUAUUAGUUAAAUUACAACAAAAUUAUUAAAUUGGUAAAUAAUUACUAAAUUGUUCAAUAAUUAGUAAUCUUCUAUUUCAAGGGUUCUAUUUUAUUUUUAUUAACUGUGGAUCACUUUUCUAGCAAACUAAUGAUAACCACUUAGUCCUAGUUUUAAAACGUAUAUCCAUAUUUCGGAAUACCAUGGAUUUGUAUUUAGAAUACUUCGCGAUUGCAAUGUCUGUCUCUUGCAUAUUGAUUCUACAUAUCCGAAUUUUUGUAUCACUGUGUUUUUUGACAUUAGGGUAAGUAUUGUACAAUACUGUUUUAUAAUAUCGAUAUCUACGAAGUUAGGAGAGCUGUUGAGAUAUGUGCAUUUACUAUUUACUCGAGCAUUUACUGCCAACGUGUUCGACCAAUAUUCUCAUAAAUAUUGUGUCAACAUUUCGUCACAGUACUUGUGUUCUGCCUGGGCAAUGCUGUUCCAAUAUCGAUAAAUAUUAAAAGUAAACGUAUAUAUGUAUAUCAGAUCGGCGAGAAAAUUACUAGUGCGUUAAUACAUCAUUUUUGGUGAAUGUAUACCUUUGCGCAUAUUUAACUAACUGAUGAAAAUUAUGAUCCCAGUGUAACAAAGUAUUAUUAAUCGUAUUCGUCUCGUUUUUUCUUAAGUGACCAUUUGCGAAUAGGAUUCUAUAAUAUCUACUACAUGUACCGUGUUGUUUAUUCGUACGGAUAAACGGUGAUGUACUAACUACAAGCAAAAAAUAUCUAUUGAAUAGAGUAUAAUUGAAAUCUUUGGAAACGACGCCGACUGAACUGAAAACGCUACUGCCAAUUUAUAGACAUUCAAAAAUCGUUCCUUUCAUUCCUGAUGCAGGUGUUAGGUUUUGCAUUUUACUUUAGUGAAGCGUCGCUACGGUUAGUUUUUCUAGCGAACAGUGCAAAUAGUCUUAUUUAUUUCGAGCAAGCAUUUUACCGUUUACAAAUGUGGAUAAAUAGCGAACACAUUUCCAGUGAUAAUGCGAUUUGGUAUUUAAUGCUGAAGUCGAACGUAGGAAAUUACAUAAAUAACAAUAAAGAAAAAGAAGGACGAAGAAAGAAAGAAAGAGAAGAAAGAUCGAUAGCUUUAUAACAAAUAUUCUCUGUAGCUGUGCAAAAAGAAAGAAAGAGAAAAUGUUUCAAUUCCAUCAGCAUUAAAUGACAAACACUUAGUAUGAUAAAUAAAAAGAGCCGUAAUAAUAAAAUAGAUAACCGUAAAAUCUGCUGUAAUAAAAUAAUAUUUAAUGUAGUAAAAAGUUCGAGAGGUGAUUGUUAAUUUGUAAUAAUUAUUUCAGUAGCAGAUCAGAUACAAAGAAUAAAUAAAUAAAAGUAUAACAAACAAAAAACCGAUAUUCGCUUUUUUGCGUGUUCACUUGUCAAUAUACAUAUAUAUAUAUAUACAUAUACAUAUAUAUAAAAUUACGAAGGAAUAAAUUAAUCAAUUUACUAUAUUGAAAACUUUAUUCACAAUAUAUAUAAAAAAAGAGGAACUUUCCAUUCCCUGAUACAUAUAUAACUAAUUGCGACGAUGAUGCUCGUUUAUGUUUUCACGUGGACUAUAGCUUAUCCUAUGAUUACUUACAUAUUAUGUAACUGAUAUAUUUGUAGAUAAAAAAAAA